CCUGAUGCCUCAUCUCCGCCACGCUUGCUCAUGAAUCAAGGACUCUAGAUUUGUGUGUGCACACACACCCAAACACACGCACACACACACGCGCACGCGCUUUUUUUCAUUCCCCUCCUUCGCUCUCUGAAGCCCAGGGAGAAUCAGUGACAGAGGUGUUUCAUUGUUGAGUGGGUUUUGCCUUUUUGCUUUUUUUUAAAAAAAAAGAUUAAAAAAAUUCAAAAGCAAUUAAUGAUCAGAUCUAGGGGAGAAAAAAAAAACCAACAACCCUGAAUAGAAACAAAACUUUUGAAUGCUGGAUUCAAAAAAAAAAAAAAAAAAAAAAGUUAUCUGGACAGCUUCUUUGAGACUAUUUAAAAACUGGCCCAACAGGUCUCUACAACGUCAAGAUCUAACUAAACUUUAAAAGGUCAAGAAGUUUUAUGGCUGACAAAGGAUUUGCUCCUGCGCAGAGGACCUUUCCCACCUAAGCUUCUGGGGAUUUGGGAAUUUCGCCCCCAUUCUCUUCCGUCUGUUGCAUCUCUCUGCAAGCAAGGGCUGAAAUCGUUUUCUUUUGUUGUUCUGAGGGAACCAGGAGGGUGGGGGGGGGGGGGUGGCCUGAGCCGGCCGCAGGCGACUGUUAUAUAGACUUGUCUUACUGGGCCCUGUCAAGUCGUUAUUUUCGCCUCCUGUGGGUUUGGCUUUUGGUGGUUUCUGUUUGGGUUUGGAGUGAGACUCUGGCUAGUGGCAUUAAGGAGAACUUACUUUAACAAAUUUAUUUUUCAGCAACAGAGAGGUAGAUGUGACUGGCAGCGACUUUCUACCCCUUCUCUUUUUUGUUCUGCUCAGAACCAGAAAGCAUCCCUCCCAUCAGCAAACCCUGGGAUAGCUGGGAGUAUGGCCACCCUGCUCCACGAUGCGGUAAUGAAUCCAGCGGAAGUUGUGAAGCAGCGCUUGCAGAUGUACGACUCGCCGCACCGGUCGGCCCUCAGCUGCAUCCGGACCGUGUGGGGGACGGAGGGCUUGGGGGCCUUCUACCGGAGUUAUACCACGCAGCUGACCAUGAACGUUCCCUUCCAGUCCAUCCACUUCAUCACCUACGAGUUCCUGCAGGAGCAGAUCAACCCGUACCGGGGCUACAACCCGCAGUCCCACAUCAUCUCAGGCGGGCUGGCCGGGGCCCUGGCUGCAGCCGCUACCACCCCUCUGGACGUUUGUAAAACCCUCCUCAACACUCAGGAGAAGAUGGCCCUCAACCUGGCCAACAUCAGCGGCCGGCUGGCGGGCAUGGCCAACGCCUUCCGGACGGUGUACCAGCUCAACGGCCUGCCGGGCUACUUCAAGGGCGUGCAGGCCCGCGUCAUCUACCAGGUGCCGUCCACUGCCAUCUCCUGGUCCGUCUACGAGUUCUUCAAGUACUUCCUCACCAAGCACAAGCUGGAGAAUCGAACUCCGUACUAAAGGAACGGGCGGUGGGAAGUGAUGCCAGAAUCUUUGAUUGUGCAAAGGCUUUCCCUGACUGCUCCCCUUCCCCUGCCCUCACACCAAGAUUACUGGGGCAGGGUGUUGGCAGGAUCUGCCCCCUGACGCCUUAGAGAGAGGAGAGGACAGGACAGCCGCUUACACCACGGCCGUCCGACGGCAGGGACAUCCCAGGUGGUAGAACGUGUUGAAAGACCGGCAGGGGAGUGAGAAAGAGCUUUUUCUCUUCCUCCCCCCACCCCCGAGAGCGAUGUAGCUUUUCUGCUUCGGUAUAGCAUCUCCUCCCCUAGAAUUGUACGUAGAUCACCCAGGAGGGAAGAAAAUGUGCAGUGACUGAAAACAUUAAAGAGGAAAAAAAAAAAAUUAUGUAUAUAGAAGUUCCAGUACACAGUAUCAAAUAGAUGGAUAAUGUUUAUCCUUUAUUUUUCUAUGUAGAAGUUUUGGGAUUUGCGUGUGUGCCUGUGUGUGUCUACAAGCAAGUGUUACAGCUGGGAAUAUAAAGCUGUUUAAAAAAAAAAAAAAAAAAAAAAAAGCUGAAUUCUUCCAUCGGGUUAAGUCAAAAGGCACCAAAGUAAUACGUUGCUCCACGUGGCCUAAAAUUGUGUUGAGCUCCCCUCCCCCAGAUGGAAGUUCCACUUGAAUGUAAAAUAAUAAAUAUAAGGUUUAUAUUUUGAAUUUUCUUUUCAUAGGGGAAAAUGGUACGUUGAAAAACAAGUCAAAAUAAUGAUAUAAUACUUUUAGCUACUUUUUUUUCUUUCUUUCUUACUCAAUCAGUCACCUUCAUGUGCCUUUUCCCUUUGUCUUUUCCUAGAAAUUCCAGGACCAAAGAUCUGGCCCCGUGGCUUUUCCUCUUGCUGUGUGCUCGCCUGCACGCACACGUACUGGGCGGCAGCGCGGCUCACGCUGGAGCACAGUGGCCCCCAGUGGAAUUCGGGUGGCUGGUCUUAACUGAAACCAUUUCCUUCCCUUGUGGGUGACGUGAAUGUAUGCCUCACGGGGCCAGCACUUAAAAGCCCUUGAAAUGCCAACGCUUGGCCACUUGUUUGGCGGGCAAGUGUGAUAAAUCCUACCUUGAUCCUUGGACUUAAUUCUCCAACAGUCUUUUAACCCAGGCACUUCAGGUAUUCUUGUCUGUGUGUGUGUUUGACUAUAUCUCCUGAUCUCCCGUGUUUCCCUGUGCAGUUUUAGGGGUUUUAUAAAACACAGCAAGCAUAUCUACGGCAUUUGUCUGUACACCUGCCUAUCACAGAUUUCCCCCUUAAGAGCCUCUCACUGCACAGGGACAGGCCAGGCUCCCCAGCCCUGCUGCGCAAGGGACCCGGGCCCUCGUGCUCAGUCAGGAUGCCUCUCGAACCAUCUUCAGCCUUGCUUGGUCCGCGCCAGCUGGGAACACGAUGCCUUGUUUCCUGAAAUGGCCUAUCUGAGCCAGAUUAUCCCUGAGAGCAAACGCAAGCCUGUUUCCUCCAGCCAAGCCUUCCCAGCCCUCUCUCCGAGGGAAGACCCAGUGGCUUCACAGUUUCCGUUAGAGCUGUCUUUCAAAAUGAGCAGGAAGCACGUGUGUGUUUUCAUUCUGGCCGGCCUGGUCCUGACCUUGACCCUUUGCCCUUCGCCUUUCGCCCUUCGCCUUUCGCCCUUCGCCUUAGGCACGGUCCAUGUCGCGCAUUCUCACCGAGGCUCAGACCCAGGCUCCUUUGGAUGACGUGGCUCCUGGGGUGAACUCAGGUGGUGCUGGGACUUUUGCAUCUCAGAACCUCGCGUGCUGUGCCUCUGGGAGUAGUUUGCAGGUCAGGGACAACAGAGACCCAUGUCAGGCAGUUCCCACACGUGCCCUGUUGAGCGGGGUCUUCUCCUGGGCUGGGGGGCCUGCCUGCUGACCUGUCGCACCUCGGAGUUAGCCCACCCCCAUCCCCCGGUGGAAAUCAGCUGCAGCGAGCUUCCACACCCAGUUGCAGUUGCAUCCCCACUCGGGGAUGCCAAAAGCCCACGGAGACCAAACUGCUGGGGGAAGUGUUGACAUCUCUCUAAACAUAUACCCCGUCAGUGUUACAUUUUGCAAAUGGAAGAAAAUCUAGAUCGAAUUCUAAAAUAAUUAUCCAACCACCCUUUUUUGUCCGCUUCAGAUACACCAUACAGCUGCAGAAUAUUCCUUAUCUCUUACGGGAUUUUGUUUUCGAUGGUACUGAGGGAAGAAACGGCUCACUUCUCUGGGAGAGCUCCUUUGGGUCAGGAGAGAGAGAGUCUCCAGAUUUCAGAGUCGGAAGGUCUGAUCCUGGCUUUCCUUUCCUAGUGUGUAGGGAUCGGCUGGGAAAUGGGGGUGAAUGCCCCCCAUCCUGCCUUCCCCACUGGGUCUUCCAGAGGCUGAACGAACGAUGUAUCUGAAAAAGCUUUGAAAGUUGUGAAGCGCUAAACAAAUAGAAGUGGUCGUGAAUUUUGUGGGAGGUAACCACCGCCCCCCGCCUCACCCUGAGCUCCAAAGCUUGUCUUGCUGUCCCAUGCAAACCGCAGCCCAGUUGACUGUGACUUUGACUUGGCCAAGAACGAAAUAGUUACAUGUUCUCCCCAUCCCCCAGCCCUGGCGAUGACCAACUGAAUGUAGUCAGUUCACGGCA